AUGGAACAAAGAGGAGUUGACCAACAACUUCAUGUUUGCUUCAUUCAUAUACAGCUCAAACAAUCUUCAAGCCACAAAGAAAAACUUCAAUCAACAUAUGUUUGGUUAGUUAAAGAAGGGCAAGCUCCAUUCACAUUCACAAUCCAACCAAGAAAAGAAAGAGAUAUUCAUGCUAAAGAGAUUAAACAAGUCAGUAGGGGUAAGGAGCCUGAUAUUAGCAACAUUUUCACACAAAAAAAGGUUGUUCCUAAGAAGACUGCGGCUAGAAAAAAACCUAUUUCUCAAUAUAGGACGUGCCUUCUGACAUAUCUAGGAAUAACAGAUAUUCCUGAUGGUGGUACUUGUCUUAUACCUAUGAAUGCACACAUUUUUGGUUUUGAAUAUAUGGAAGCAAUUGGUAGAGAGGAUAUGGAUCAAAUUUUUAAACAUUUGGAAUUAGGCCUCAGUGUUAUCAGUAUAUACAUCAAGUUUCCGUAUGACAAAGUGAUGCGCCCGCGUGGAUUGGAAGAAAGAUUCACUUUCUUAGCUCCCAACACUGUCAACGCAUGGUUAAUCAAAACAAAACCAGAUGAUGUCAUAGCCGUUCUACAAGCUUUUCGAUCACAAAGAGAUAUUCAAGUACCAAAGAGUAGAGCCAACAACAUUACAUGGAUUAGAGUGCAGUGUCCUAGUCAGCGUAAUGGUAUAGAUUGCGGUUAUUUCAUCUUGAGGUUUAUGAAAGAAACUCUUCUUUUAGAUCUAAUAGAGAUUUCAUCCACGUAUUUUGAUGAAUUCAAGCGUGCUCGUUACUCAAAAGAUCAAUUGGAUAAACUUAUGGAGGAAUGGUGUCAACUCAUUAUGGAGUUAAGAAUUUUAUAA